CUUUUUUAAAACUCAAAAACGCACAAGGUUUUUGUAAAAUGAGGUUUUAAUCAUCACGAACGAACCUCGAAAAGUGAACGGCAUUGGUUUUGUAUUCUGUCCGUGAUCAUAAUGAUCGUUGCCAGAGCGGGCCGGUUCUCUCACAACGGUACUAUGGUUACGGACAGUGGCAGCACAAAAUGCAGAAUACAGAAGGUAAUCUCAUUUACGGACAGCGGCAGAUACUUGAACACGGGCGCACGCAGUGCCACACCGGCCUUAACAGCCAUGGGUCGCUUACUACGACCGUGCGCAAUUGCGUGCGUAAAAAACGCAAGAUAUUCAUCAUCAUGCCCUUUCUCAAAAAGGCAACGCUCCCAAAUGGCUCCCACUGCAGAACUGAACGAAGAAGUGUUCACUAACGCGAAACCUUACUCUCAAGUGCCGGGGCCGAAACCAAUCCCUAUAUUAGGGAACACCUGGCGUAUGGUCCCAGUGAUCGGGCAGUUUGAUAUAUCGGAGUUUGCUAAAGUGACCAAAAUGUUUAUGGAGAAGUACGGUAGGAUUGUGAGACUGGGAGGUUUGAUUGGAAGGCCUGACCUCCUGUUCGUGUAUGAUGCUGAUGAAAUUGAGAGGAUGUACAGACGCGAAGGACCGACCCCCUUCAGGCCAGCUAUGCCGUGCUUGGUGAAGUACAAAUCGGAAGUGCGAAAGGAUUUCUUCGGGGAACUGCCGGGUGUUGUUGGAGUGCACGGCGAACAAUGGCGCGCGUUCCGGUCCAAGGUGCAGCGGCCGAUCCUGCAGCCGCAGACGGUGAAGAAAUACGUGACGCCCAUCGAGCUGGUGACUCUGGACUUCAUCAAGUACAUGGAGGACGCCAGGGACGAGCACGGCGACCUACCCGCAGAGUUCGACAACGACAUACAUCGGUGGUCACUCGAAUGUAUCGGCCGCGUCGCGCUCGACGUACGGCUGGGUUGCCUCUCGUCACGACUGAGUAGCGACUCGGAACCGCAGCGUAUUAUCGACGCGGCGAAAUACGCGUUACGGAAUGUGGCCGUACUCGAGCUGAAGGCACCGUACUGGCGAUACUUCCCGACGCCGCUGUGGACCAAAUACGUGAACAAUAUGAACUUCUUCGUCGAACUUUGCUCCAAGUACAUUAACGAGGCUUUAGAAAGGCUGAAGACGAAGAAAGUAACUUCUGAAAAUGAUCUGUCUUUGCUUGAGCGCGUGCUCAAGAGUGAAGGAGAUCCCAAGAUUGCAACAAUUAUGGCUCUGGAUCUAAUUUUAGUUGGAAUAGAUACGAUAUCCAUGGCUGUCUGCUCCAUACUAUACCAGGCUUCAUUAAGACUGAAACAACAAGAUAAAAUGGCAGAAGAAAUAAAGAGAGUGUUUCCAGAUCCUGAUAAGCCAAUCACUUAUGCAGACUUAGACAAACUUCACUAUACGAAGGCUUUCGUAAGAGAAGUAUUUAGAAUGUAUUCAACGGUAAUUGGUAAUGGAAGAACAUUACAAGAAGAUGACGUGAUAUGUGGAUAUCAUAUUCCGAAAGGAGUUCAAGUGGUAUUCCCCACAAUAGUGACAGGGAAUAUGGAGCAGUUUGUCUCUGAUCCCGAAGAGUUCAAACCAGAGAGAUGGCUGGAGAGCGAUGGGCGGCUGCAUCCGUUCGCAUCGUUGCCGUACGGGUUUGGCGCUAGAAUUUGUCUGGGAAGGCGAUUCGCGGAUUUGGAAAUCCAAGUGUUGUUGGCAAAGUUGCUCCGGCGGUAUCGGCUGGAAUACCACCACGAGCCGCUCGACUACGCUGUCACCUUCAUGUACGCGCCGGACGGACCGUUGCGUCUACGCAUGGUUGAACGAUAGACCAAAAAUUAACUCUCGAUUUACCCUGAUUUAAUAUUCCAGAUAAUCCUGGUUAAUUUGGUAAAAAUAAACAUCUCCAAAUUGUAUUAAAAGAGAUGGGAGUUAACAAAGCAGAGCUAUUUUAUAAACCACAUUUAAUUAAUUUAUGUUCUUUGUUAAUUUUGAUGGCCUUUUUUGACUUCCUUCGUUGCAACAAAGAUGAGGAAUAUUUCAUUAAAUGAAAUUUACUUCAAUGAGAUAAAAUAUCACCUCUAACUUUGUCGAGUAGGUCAAUGGACUAUAAACAUUGUAUUGUUUUUGUUUUUCAUCAUAUCUAAUUAUCAUUUAUAUGAUAUUUCUUAUUCGAUAAAUGGAAACAAAUCACAGCGUAAUAAAGGCAAGAUUAAUUUUCGUUAGUAAAUAUGGGGCUAGUUAUUAUAAGGCAACUAUAUUAUUUUUAAAAAGUAAAUAUUUAAGAAUGGUAACUAUAAAGAUUCUACAGAGAAAAUGUAACUAAGGUAUAAUUCUUAAAUUCAUAAAUACAUUUAAACAGUAAUCACCUAUCAAUUCCAGCUUUUGUAUUCCUUUCUUGUUAAAUGGGAAUACUAUUUCUUCAAGCGAUGAGGAAGGAAGGACGAUAACUGAAUAAAUAGUAUGUUUAUACUUAUACUAAGUUAUUAAAUAUUAUCAUAAUGUAGUUUUGUAAACUAAAUUAUGCCCGUAAGUUUUAUAUGUCUUCAAUCGACAAAAUAAAAUUGCGAAUGAUAAUAAAAUUAUCAAGAAUGUAAUUAAUAAAUAUUUUAUAAGAAAUAUAACGACUCUCAUUUCCUAAAUUGAGUUUAUUUAUUUUUCUUUACUGCAUGAAAACCUAUUAUUUUAUCAGUCCUCAACGGAAUGUCACAUCCCUUAUGAAGCAUUAAGCGGAAGAGUGGUUAUAUAGUUUUAUAGGCCCGUGAUAGAUGGCGCUUUUUAUAAAAUAAAUGCAAAUAGAUUUUAGUAAUGAAAGAAUAUUACCUAAGCUACUUAAUGAAACCACACUAAAAUUUCGUACAUAUGGUAUUUUAUGUGAACAAUACAUGUUUGUGUAUGUAAAGUAGAACAGGCACUUUGGUCUAUCUAACAAGCCAUGUCAGUCAUCAAUAAAAGCACAUUUAUUACAAUUUAUUUCUUUGUAUACCUACUACAUGUGUAGUUGCUGGGUUUCUCAGAUGAUGAUUUUCAUAGAUAUAGGUAUUUAUAUUGAGA